UUAGCCGGGUCGGGCCUACUGCUAAACCCUCUCCAAAAUCAGCCACUACAGUUGGAGAGGAGAGAGGAGAGAGGAGAGAGGAGAGAGAUGAAGAGAGCAGUGGGGAAGCGAACAUUGAAGAGCAUGUCAGUUGUGUGGCAAAACUACAACACAGCCUCACCAUCACCAUCAACCUCAAGGGCCUUCAGUUACCGAAUCAUAAAAUCUCCUCCUCUGCUUUCCCUUGACCUCCCCGAUAUAUGGACUUCAGAUUACACCCAUUUCGAUCCCCCCUCUAUUUCAAAAUGCGCCAAUGGACAGACUGCAAGAGUCAUUGAUGGGAAGUUAAUUGCUGAGGAAAUUUUAUCAGGAAUUUCUGUUGAAGUAAGAAGGAUGAAGGAGUCCAUUGGGAAGGUUCCUGGUUUGGCAGUAAUUUUAGUGGGUCAAAGAAGGGACUCUCAAGCUUAUGUCCGUAACAAAAUGAGAGCUUGUGAAGAGACUGGAAUUAAGUUUGAGAUGACCGAACUGCCUGAUAAUUGCACAGAAGAUGAAGUUCGUAAUAUAUUGUCAAGUUUUAACAAGAAACCUUCAGUUCACGGAAUUAUUGUACAGCUACCUCUACCACAGCAUUUGGAUGAGAUGAGGAUAUUGGAUGUGCUGAGCUUAGAAAAAGAUGUGGACGGCUUCCAUCCGCUCAACAUGGGGAAUCUAGCCAUGAGGGGAAGGGAGCCGUUGUUCAUCCCCUGCACUCCAAAGGGUUGCAUUGAGUUGCUGCUCAGGUCUGGUGUGGAAAUCAUGGGGAAGAACGCUGUGGUAAUAGGGAGGAGUAACAUUGUUGGAUUACCAGCAUCAUUGCUGUUGCAGAGGCACCAUGCUACAGUCAGCAUUGUGCAUGCAUUCACAAAGAACCCAGAACAGAUCACCAGCAAAGCUGACAUUGUGGUCACAGCUGCAGGAGUGCCGAAUCUAGUCCGCGGCAAUUGGCUAAAGCCUGGUGCAAUUGUUAUUGAUGUUGGAACAAAUCCAAUCGAGGAUCCCAGCUGCGAGCAUGGUUACCGUCUGACAGGAGAUGUUUGCUAUGAAGAAGCAGCAAGGGUAGCAUCUGCAAUCACCCCGGUGCCUGGAGGAGUGGGACCUAUGACAGUUGCCAUGCUCCUCUCCAACACUCUUGACUCUGCCAAGCGUGCUUACAACUUUGCUUGACUGUAAAUCUCACUCUCACUCUCUCCAUUGUAUCUUUUUAGGGUAAUAUAAGUCCAUCCUUAAUCUCAUGAAAUUGGGAAAUUCCAUAUUUAUUGCAACAUUUUCUGCAAUAAUGGGGGUAUGAUUGCACUUGUUGCACAUGAAUUCCUUGAAGUUUUGCAUAAUACUCCGUACUCUUCAUAGAAACACACGCCAUUCCCAUAGAAAGAACAAAAGGAGAGCUCAGAAAAAUCUAACGUUUCCCUUGAAAAGCUGAAUUAAAAUUUUUGGAUUUUACAAAUUAUGCAUAUGGAUUCUCUAGCCUUUUUGUCAAGUUGUCAAGCUUAAAAU